CCUCUGCGGGGGAUGGCGGACUCCAGCGCUGCCAGGCUUCCGAGACGGGCCCGGGCUAGAGGCACCCUGGGCUCUUUCCAGACUUCAAUGAAUGUUAAAUUGCCACCUGAUACGAUGCCACGAAAUAAUUUGGAAGCCUCUACUUGUAAAAUGGCAGAGCCAUUUAAUUUUGAGAAACAGGAAAGCAAGCUUCCACCCCAGGAUUCACUAAGAAGCUCUGUAGCUCAGCAUAACCAUCCCAAUUUCAGGCUGAAAAGCCCAGAGAAUGGAAAUAAAAAGAACAGUUUCUUGCUUUGUGAGCAAAGCAAACAGUAUUUAACCAGUCAGGAAGAUAAUUUGGUGGUCUCUUCAAAUGCUGCUUGUAUCAACGGAGAAGUGGGUGGGUCCAAAGGAGAGAGGAAGGCUUUACCCUCAGGAAACCCAGUGUCACCAUUAAGUCUUGGAAACAGUUCACCUCCCAACCAAGUAAAAGCUAAGACCAGCAAUAACGUGUCUCCUGAAAAACCAAAAAAAUCCCAGAAGCUGUUUGAGAAUGCCUUGUCUGUAAACAAUCCAGCGCUCUUCAGCUCUUUAGUCCCGCCCCUUCGGUCCACAACCUGCCACCGCUGUGGCCUGUUUGGGUCGCUGAGGUGUUCCCAGUGCAAGCAGACAUACUAUUGCUCCACAGCAUGCCAGAGGAGGGAUUGGUCUUCCCACAGUACCGUCUGCAGGCCUGUGCAGCAAAGUUUGCACAAGCUUGAAGAUAAUAAGCCACCAUAUGAAACAAAGAGCAUUGAAGUGAAAAAUGAGAGUGACUGUCCCCUUGGAGUCCCCGAAGAAAUGACUGCUGGUGCUGAACGAGUGAUGUUCUCGGAUUUGAGAAGUCUCCAACUCAAGAAAGCCAUGGAAAUAAAGGGCACAGUUACUGAAUUCAAGAACCCAAGUAACUUUUACAUCCAGCUGUAUUCUUCGGAGGUUUUAGAAUGCAUGAACCAGCUCUCUGCAAGCUUGAAGGAAACGUAUGCAAAAGUGGUGCCUGAAGAAGAUUACCUUCCUGUGAAGGGGGAAGUCUGUGUUGCCAAGUACACCGUUGAUCAGACUUGGAACAGAGCGAUAAUACAAGGCAUUGAUGUUCUACAGAAGAAGGCACAAGUCUUGUACAUUGAUUAUGGAAAUGAAGAAGUGAUUCCCAUAGACAGAAUUCACCAGCUAAACAAGAACAUUGACUUGUUUCCUCCUUCCGCCAUAAAGUGCUUUGUGGCAGGUGUCAUCCCAGCCGACGGUGAGUGGAGUGCAGAGUGUAUCACAGCUGUCAAGGCUCUGCUUCUGGAGCAGUACUGCUCAGUCAAGAUCGUGGACGUCUUAGGGGAGGAAGUGCUCACCUAUGCUGCUGAUGUUGUACUAGAAAGUUCAGGAAAACAGCUGGACCGUGUGCUUGUGGAAAUGGGGUAUGGUGUGAAACCAGACGAGCAAAGUGCAGACCAGGGCGCUGCUGAGGACAUUGGGAGAGUGACCCCUGACAAGGUCGCUAUAGACAGAAAUGCCCUGAUCCCCAAAGUGCUGACCUUGACUGUGGGUGAUGAGUUCUGCGGAGUGGUUGCCCACAUCCAGACACCAGAGGACUUCUUCUGUCAGCAGCUGCAGAGUGGCCACAAGCUUGCGGAGCUUCAGGAAUCCCUCAGUGAAUACUGCAGCCAAGUAACUCCACGCUCUGACUUCUACCCAACCAUCGGGGACGUGUGCUGUGCUCAGUUCUCAGAGGAUGACCAGUGGUACCGCGCCUCGGUUCUGGCCUAUGCUUCUGAGGAGUCUGUCCUGGUUGGAUACGUCGAUUAUGGAAACUUUGAAAUUCUUAGUUUGAAAAGACUUUGUCCCAUAAUUCCCAAGUUGUUGGACUUGCCGAUGCAAGCUCUGAAUUGUGUGCUGGCAGGAGUGAAGCCAUCAUUAGGAAUUUGGACUCCAGAAGCCGUUUGUCUCAUGAAGAAGAUUGUGCAGAACAAAAUGGUCACAGUAAGAGUGGUGGACAUGCUGGGGACCAGGUCUGUGGUGGAGCUUGUAGACAAGUCAGUGACGCCUCCCGUCAGCGCUUCUAAAGCUCUCAUAGACUCGGGCUUUGCUGUUGAGGAAAAGGAGAUGGCGGCAGACAAAACCAGCAGCAUGCACACAGCCAGUGUUCCCUUGGGCAUAGAAGAAACAGCGGAGCCAUUGGAGUGGACGUGGGUUGAGUUCACCAUUGAUGAAACAGUGGACGUAAUGGUCUGCAUGAUGUACAGUCCUGGGGAGUUUUAUUGCCACUUUCUCAAAGACGAUGCUCUAAAGAAGCUGGAGGACCUGAACAAAUCAUUAGCAGAACAUUGUGCACAGAAGCUUCCAGAUGGCUUCAAGGCAGAGCUAGGCCGGCCUUGCUGUGCAUUUUUUGCAGGUGAUGGCAACUGGUACCGGGCUCUGGUCAAGGAGAUUUUACCCAGUGGAAAUGUUAAAGUGCGCUUUGUGGAUUAUGGCAACGUUGAAGAAGUCACCACAGACCAGCUCCAGGCAAUAUCACCACAGUUGUUACUGUUUCCAUUUCAAGGGGUACAGUGCUGGCUAGUAGAUAUACAGCCCAAAAACAAGCACUGGACAAAAGAAGCUACAGCAAGGUUCCAAGCAUGUGUUGUGGGGCUCAAACUCCAAGCCAGAGUUGUGGAGAUCACUGAGAAGGGGUUAGGAGUGGAGCUCACUGACCUUUCCACUCCCUACCCCAAGAUAAUCAGUGACGUCCUCAUCACAGAGCACUUGGUUCUAAAAGGUGGCUCACGGCAGAAGGAACCUUCGGUUUGCAGACUUGCUAAUAUACAGAAACAGGUGGAUGCCCAGGGAGUGACAGCCCUCCCGACAGCGGAGCAGUGGAGGACGGUAGAGCUGCCGCUGAACAAGACCGUGCCAGCAAACGUGCUGGAAAUCAUAACCCCAAGCCUGUUCUAUGCCAUCCCCAGCGAAAUGCCAGAAAAUCAAGAAAAGCUGUGUGUGUUAACAGCCGAAUUGUUAGAACACUGUAAUACUCAGAAAGUUCAGCCAUCCUACAGGCCACGGAUAGGAGAAGCAUGCUGUGCCAGAUUCACAAGUGAUGACCUCUGGUACCGGGCCGUCAUCCUGGAAACAUCAGAUUCUGAUGUGAAAGUACUGUACGCAGAUUAUGGAAACAUCGAGACCCUCCCUCUUUCCAGAGUACAGCCAAUCCCUGCCAGCCACCUGCAGCCCCCUUUCCAGAUCAUUAGAUGCUCACUCGAGGGGCUGAUGGAACUGAACGGAAGCUGUUCGCAGCUGGCGAUGGAACUCCUGAGAAACACCAUGCUGAAUCAGAACGUGCUGCUUUCUGUGAAAGGAAUUUCAGAGAAUGUCCACACAGUGUCCGUUGACAAGUGCUCGGAGAACAGUGUGGUCAGUGUAACCGAGAAGCUGCAGAAGUGUGGUCUGGUGGAAAACCCCAAGUCUAACAGGAAAGGUGCCUCAACAGCAGAAACAACACACAGCAUGGAUUGUUGCUGCACGGAGUUACAGAAGCAGAUUGAAAAACAUGAACAGAUUCUUCUCUUCCUCUUAAAUAAUCCAACCAACCAAAAUAAAUUCAUAGAGAUGAAAAAGCUGCUGAAAAGCUAA